AUGGUCACGACUCGUGCUCAGGCCAGGGCUCUAAGUGGCAGCAGCGCAAAUACUGCAUCCCAGCCCAUAUACUAUGAGAGUGAGGAUGACUCUGGGUUCGAGUCGGCGAAUGAAGAUGGCGACGACGAAUACAGGCCUCGGGCUGCUUCGAGGCGCUCCCGGUCAGCACUAACAGAUCAAUCCGAAGAUGAAAACGAAGAUGAGAUCGAUGAAGAUGAGAUCGAUGAAGAUGAGAUCGAUGAAGAUGAGAUCGAUGAAGAUGAGAUCGAUGAAGAUGAGAUCGAUGAAGAUGAGAUCGAUGAAGAUGAGAUGAUAAUGGUACAAAUUCCUGGUCAGAAUGCCACUGAAUCCAGGUCAUUGUUACAAGCUACUAAUGGCGAUUUUUCUCCUUCUUCAUCGGACCAGGAGACGACAAUUCAGUCAAUCGAGCCACCAGACGACGUCCAAGCAACAGCGCAAGAAGGCACUUACCAUCAAGAAGACAUCCCCCAUGAUGUUGUACCGAAAAACAGGCAAUCUAACAGUCUAACAUUCUUUGAAGAGCAGUGUGAAUCAGGACCCCCUUCCUUCAAAGACCUUGUACAGCUCGAAUUCUUCCAGACUUUCCCUCACGACCCCGCAGCUACCCUAUGCAAGAAACAUUUCUUGCAGCUUGCUGAAGUAUGGUUUCAACGUCGACAAGGACAUACGGAAAAGACAAUUUACCAACUCAGUCAGAAGUAUCCAUAUAGUAGAGUGGAAAGCUUGCUUAAUUACACACGAGAUUGGAGUAUUUUACAGCAGGUUAUAUGGGACGAGCCGUGGCGACAGAUGCCGCAUGAGGCGUUUAUGAAGUUUUUGCGGGAGCAGUUGCAUUGGGCGGAAAUUGAACUUCGUGAGCGGCGGUUCAGAGCUAUCGUUAAGACAGGGAAACGCCCGAGAUGUACUUUGGAGAAUUGCGGCGUGCUAUGUUGUGUGCAUUGUCUUGCGGAAAAGAAUAAUGGAGGUGAUUUGUAUGAGUGGGUGAAAGAGGCGAGGGCAGAGGGUCGGCAUGGGGAGUGGCAGGAUGAAGAUAACGCUGCGGUUGGGGAAUGGAAGAGGAGGGGGAUUGAAGAGGAGGGUGAGAGAAUUGAUAUACGGCCAGAGUAUGUGAGUGUGGGAGGGCUGCAUUUCAUUGUGGACGUGUGUAAUGGGAAGACGAUGAUUCGAUUCCAGUGA